GAAGCACAGUUUUUAUUAAAUCCCCUAUCACUACCAAUGGAUAUCCUUUUAUCUUGCAUAUUGCCAUACAUACAGCAGUCCUCUGCCAAAUCACAAAGGUGCAAACUUCCAAAAAUACCAUUAUGGAAAAAAUGCCAACUCGACAUACUAUCAUAA